AUGUCGAUCAGCUCGGUUCCCCAGCCCCACCUCCCAGCCCCUAAGUUUUCUCCAGUGGCUCCCAAGUUUACUCCUGUGGCUUCCAAGUUCAGCCCUGGAGCCCCAGGUGGACCUGGCCCACAGCCCAAUCAAAAGUUAGGGCCCCCUCAAGCUCCCUCUUCCACUGGCACAGGCUCCCCUCAGCCCCCCAGCUUCACCUAUGCUCAGCAGCGGGAGAAGCCCCGCGUGCAGGAGAAGCAGCACCCAGUGCCCACACCGGCUCAAAAUCAAAACCAGGUGCGCUCCCCUGGGGCCCCAGGACCUCUGACUCUGAAGGAGGUGGAGGAGCUGGAGCAGCUGACCCAGCAGCUCAUGCAAGACAUGGAGCAUCCUCAGAGGCAGAACGUGGCUGUCAGUGAAUCCUGUGGCCGGUGUCAACAGCCCCUGGCACGUGCGCAGCCCGCAGUUCGAGCUCUGGGACAGCUGUUCCACAUCACCUGCUUUACCUGCCACCAGUGUGAGCAGCAGCUGCAAGGACAGCAGUUCUACAGCGUGGAGGGGGCACCAUAUUGUGAGGGCUGCUACACUGACACCCUGGAGAAGUGCAACACCUGUGGGCAGCCCAUCACUGACCGCAUGCUGAGGGCCACAGGCAAAGCCUACCACCCUCAGUGCUUCACCUGUGUGGUCUGCGCCUGCCCCCUGGAGGGCACCUCCUUCAUUGUGGACCAGGCCAACCGGCCCCACUGCGUCCCUGACUACCACAAGCAGUACGCACCCCAGGGUGCUCUGUCUGUGCGGGAGCCCAUCAUGCCUGAGCCUGGCCGGGAGGAGACUGUGCGAGUGGCCGCUCUGGACAAGAACUUCCACAUGAAGUGCUACAAGUGCGAGGUCAGUGUCCCUGGGCCUGAGGGCUGGAGUUGUGGGACAUUCUUCAUGGCUAGGUGUGAACAUGCCAGCCUGAUGUUUUGA